AUGGAUAGAUGUGAUGGGUUCCUGUUUUUGACUGCCAGCUCCUCGACAGGAGGUAAGGCGUCCCCGACACCACGAGGGACGACGUCACCGUGCCAGGCCUCACCGACGCUUUCGAAAAGCGUUAAGCCGGCAGAAGUGACAACAGGAAUCGGAAGUGGUGAUAGACGAAGAUACCUCAGCGAGAUUGAGCUCUGCGACCCUGACCUUGGAUACCCGCGGGUGGCGAACCCUACCAAUCGUAGUAAUCCGCGCGGUGUCUGCCUCCUCAUCAACCAGCGCGAUUUUGAUUCAGCCAAGACCGGGCAGGAGCGCCGUGACGGCACCGAUGUCGAUGCGGACAAUAUCGAACGCACUUUCAUUCGCUGUGGCUACGCUGUUAACCGCGCUACCAAUCUCACGCUCCGGAAAAUGGAGUUUCUUCUUGAUGACGUGCGAUCGCAGAACCACAGUAAGUACGACAGCUUUGCUUGCGUCAUCCUUAGCCAUGGCGCUGAGGGGAUUGUCUACGCCUCCGACGGGACCAUCAACGUUGAUCGUCUCAUCGGAUACUUCCGCUCCGAUAGGUGCCCUACCCUCGCUGGCAAACCGAAAAUGUUCUUUAUUCAGGCCUGCCGAGGCUGCAAGUUCGAUAAAGGUGUCACUCUCUCUACGGAUGCUAGCUCGGACUCUGUGCUUGUCACAAAGCUCCCCAUCGAGGCCGACAUCUUCGUCGCUAACUCAACCUUUCCCGGUUACUACGCUUGGCGCAACUCGCACGCAGGCAGUUGGUUCAUCCAGGAAUUGUGCAAGGUGAUAAAGGCGGCGCAGGAGUCAGGCCGGCAUCACGACGUGGCCUCACUAUUGACAGUGGUGGCACGCAAAGUGGCACUGCUCUACGAGUCGAACACAGGCCAGAGCGACUCCCACGGCAGUAAGCAGAUGGUGAGCGUAAACUCCACACUUACCCGCAAGGCCUUCAUCGUCUGA